AUGGAAAAACACUUGCCAGUCUCCAGCUUCUUCCACGCCGUUUACCUUGUCGAUUUCUCGCCCUCUCUGUGCCAAGUUGCCAGAACCAGAUUCGCUCGCCUCGGUUGGAAGAAUGUCAAGGUUGUCUGCCAGGAUGCUCGUACCUUCAAGCUCAGCGACUACGAAGAGGGUCUCAAUGAUGAGAGCGCAGUCUUCAGCAUUGGCAAGAGUGCACUCGAUGAGAGCAGUGCCGCCGACAACAUCGGCGCAGACCUUUUGACCAUGAGCUACAGUCUUUCCAUGAUACCCGAAUUCCACCCCGUCGUCGACUCUCUCGCCAAUCUGCUUGCACCCAAUGGUAUCAUGGGUGUUGUAGAUUUCUACGUCCAGAACCAGAUCCAGUUCCAGUCUCGCAACUAUGUCGGUGGUGUCAUCGAUCGUCACUGUAUGUGGAUCUCCCGUGUCUUCUGGGCUGCAUGGUUCGAGAUGGACAGAGUAUUCUUGGAUUCUUCUCGUCGUGUAAGGACUCAUUGUCAACAUUCAGAACUCGCAGACUGA